UUGGAGAUGUUUUCCAACUCCUUACGUCAAAUCCCAUUGCCUACAUCAGGAGAACUAUUGAUUCAACAAAAACAGCCUCAACAUAGGGACAAUGAAUCCAAGCCUGUAGAUGGAGGAAACUCUGGUUUGGCUAGUCCAGAGAGUCGUGAGAAUAAAAUUGUGGAAGAUGAAGAACCAGAAAAUGCUGAGAAUUCACAACAGACACUUGAAGGACCUAUGGCCGCACAAUUAGUUAUGACAGACAUACUUGCCCAGCAAAUUAAACUAGCUGGGGGUGCUAGUGCAAUGACAUCAGCAUCUCUAUUAGAGCAUCUCUUUUCAUUAAUAGCAGCUCUACUUGAAUACCAACCCGAAGAAAGAUUUAUAGAAAAUGGUUGGCCACAUACUUGUAGGGAUCCGGAGGGUGAUCAGUUCGCAGACUGUCUGCGUUGUCAACAGGCUCUUUUUCUGUAUCAGGUGUUACUCCAAGUUCUCGAACAAUUUUGUCCCAAAGAGGAAUCACGCCUCGAUGCUCUCAAUUACGGAGACGAAACAGCACGUGAUUUUGCCGACUGGCUUAGCGAGGCUAGCAGCUCUGUUCAUCAACAACAACUCCAAGGUGUUGUUGUCGAUGGUAACUCUCCUAGGCCCUCGCCCUCUCCUCGAGCUUUAUCCUCUUCUCCUGCCGGGCAUACAUUCUUUGGAUCACCCAUUACUCAAAAACGACAGCAACAACAGCCUGUUCAGAAAAUUUCAACACCCUUAAUUAAGGCUAGGCAAGAGGUAAGCACACCAAGUGCCGAAAUGGUAGGCGCGUUACCCACCGAUGAUGUUGAUUCAGCAAGUGAACAAGUUGCAGCUUUUUCAUUUGCUGAACAAAGCCCUAUGGGAGUAGCCUGUAUAAGUGCUACAGUUAUUGGUGGAUUAUUACAACAACAAGAAGCGGCUUUAACUGAGAAAAAUGCUUCUGAAGCGGUUGAUGGGGAGGGUAAAAUAAAAAUUGGAAAGACUGAACAAAAAGAGGAACAACGCAUAUUUUGGGAAACUUCAGUAGGACGUUUCCGUUUUUCUUUGGAACAACUACCUGCUCAGUUAAGACUGACAUACGUAUUGCUCAAGAAUAUUGAGCGAGAGCCUGAUCCAGACGUUCAAUUCUUCCUCCUGAGUAUGCUUAAAUACUUGUUUCUGCAUAGAGAGUGUCUCUUGAACGCACGAAAGGAACAAGAGCAUCGCGGUUUUCUUGUUUGGAUACAAGAAAAUUUGUUGAUCCCUCGACUCUGGAGCUUGUUACGAUCUGACUACUCACAUGUUGGCCAAAUGGCAACUCCUCUCCUUUUACACGCCAUCACUCUUCCAUUGGGGGAUGACGUCUUUUGGGAAAGUGUGAAUGCAGAAUUCACUUCUUCCGAAUGGGAACGACGCUUAAAAGCUGUGGAUCGAGUACUAGUACUUGCCCAUUUUGUACCUCCUGCAGCUGUUCGCUCAAACAGAACACUCUUAACGUCGUUGAGUUGCGCAUUCUCUCAUUUAAUAGUAUCAGUGCACGACCCAAACCCUGCUGUUGCUCAGAAGGCUCUUCUCUUACUUGAAGCACUUCCUCGCAGUUCUUUAACGCUAAUUUGCCAUUGUUUGGAAGCUCAGUUUGAUUCGUGCAUACUUGAUCGCCCUCUUAUAAUUGCACGUAUUUAUCUACUUAGCGUGCUUCUCCCAGAUGAGAAUUUGCUGUCUUGGGACUUUUUUAUUCAAAGAUUCGAAACUUUAUCAUUGGAGGCGCAUCUUAAAGCUCAACAAAAUGCUGGAGCUGAUGCUAGUAUGCAUUUUUUGCAAGAUCUUCUCCAUUCUGAUCCAAUGAGUGACGUUUAUCAGCGCAAAGUUACCCGCGCUCGGCAAUCGCUCAACGAGGCAGACAACGUGCGCUCGAUUGUUCGUUCACUUCGGGAACAUUCCUUGCGUCAUCAGCUUAAUCCCGGUGUACGUGGUGACCAAGUGGAUCUGGCUCAUCCAUUAGUGCAAUCAACAGUCUCUGCUUCAUCUCUCAGCCCUAGAGCUAUCGGCUCUGAUUCCCGUUAUGGUAGAAUGCGUGAAUUUACUGACGAAGAGUCCAAUCUUUGUUUGUUACAUACAGUAUCACUCGUAGUUUCAUUGUUUGUCCAUUUUUUGGCUAGCAAGAGAUGUGGCCCUGCCGAUAAUGCGAAGAAGCUAAGUGUAAGUAGAGCGAAGGGAACAUCUAGUAAUGUGAAGGGAACAUCAUGUGUGCUUCUUCGUCAUUUCAAUACUCUCCUUGGCUAUAGUAACUCUGAGAAGUGCUUCACAAUACCCCCUGCACGUCUACGUCGCGCGGCCGUCUGCAACGCUUUUUUGCAUGGAUUACCAGGGGUAUUGGAUUCUAAUUUGCUGAUAGGCAAUCAAGUAAGAGAAAUUUUCUAUUCGGAAAAUUCCGUCAAAAUUCAUUUUUUAAAGUUACUCUCCAUUGUUCUCCAACUACUCCUCUAUUUACCAUCGCCUCAAAAAUUUGCUAGCGAUGCCCCUUCAGCCGAUUAUUCUCUUCGGUUGCUUUCUACACAGCAAAGGCAUAAUUGGUUGCAUUCAAUAAUCAUUAUACUUUACAAAUAUCGUUGCGAUGCUGCCCCUACAAACGACGCGAUACGCAAACAGAUGCUUAUAGUUGUACAGACUUUGGAGCAGCAAUGCCAUCGUUGUCCUCCUUCCUCACAAAAUCAGGAGCAACAACCACCUGUAGCUAUAGCACCAGAAAAUAAGGAGAGGCGAUCGGCUACGUGUCUUUUGGAAGCACCUGGGCCUGAUGGGCAGUGGUCAUCGUCUACGGAGGAUUCUGAAAUUGGAAAUGAUUCAGGCUAG